GGCAAGAAGAAGCCGUGUCUGUUCGUCCACGGCGUCGGCAACGAGAAGUCGUCCGCGCCGACGUCGACAGCAAAGGACUUGUGGGGUGACAUCCAAGACCACGCGCCCUGCUGCUCGAGCGUCAAGUUUGCCCACUACGAAAGCGUUGUCCGUGGCUGGAACGACCCGGGCGUCCAAGAAGAGUUUUGCUCCACGGCGCAGCUAGUGAGCUCGUCCCGUAGCAAGACCGUCGACAACAUGAUCUUGGUGACCUUCUCGAUGGGCAACCUCGUCGCGUCUGGUGCCUUCGCGACCGGCAAGUGUCAACUCGGCAAGAACGUUCAGUGGGUUUCGAUCGCCGGCCCGAUGCAGGGCAGUCGUGCCAGCAACCUCCUCGAAGAAAAGUGUGGCGGCUCCGGCUGGGGUGCCCCGCUCAAGGGUGUGUUGAACCUUGUCGGUCAUUGCCCGCCGACGCCGGCGUACCUGAACCUCAAGACGCAGCAAUCUGUGGAUCGUUCUUUGCGCGACCAAUUUGCCGCUGCCCAAGACGUCCGCCGCCGCGGCGUUACCAAGGUCAUGUGUGGUACCAAGUCGUCGGGUCUCGUCUCAACGGACGGUGCCGGCUUGGCGAUUGUCGGUUCGAUGGCGUUCGGUGACGACGGCACGCUCCACGACGGUGUCGUCGCCAUGGGCAGCUGCAGCGUCGGUGUCGACAACUUUUCGACAGACGCCGAGGCUGGCGCCAACUACAAGGCGAGCAUCAACCACCUCGAUGCAUCGUUCCGUCACGGCGAUGGUUGGUGGGGCGUCGACCGCAAGCCCGUCAAGUGGUUCGAGUGCGCUUUGUAAACGCGCGAUAGUCGACAAGAAGCUUUGUGUGCUAGAGUAUUGUAACCGUAUAUGUACAAUUUCAUCCCAACAUAUCGC